CCCACCCAACGGCUUCGGCACAUGAGGCUGAUGAGGGAUGGUGGCAGAGCUGAAGGGGCCUCUCUCAGCUAUGGGUCACAAACUGGUGGCUCUAGCACCUCGUGUUCCACUUCUAAACAGGAUUACAGGGUAAAUUCAAGACAGAAGAUAAGAUCCUGCUCAUCUGCAAUCCACACCAAGAGCUUUUCCCCCUCUGGCUUUAUUAAGAGCACCUUGGGGACGAGAAGGAGAGAGGAGUGAUUCAAAGGGAACAUCGAAAUGCAUUUCCAUGUAUUCCACACAGGCAGGGUGCUGCUCCCGGCCUCGCAGCACAGCAGCUCCUGUUCAGAGCUUCUUGAGAGGGACCCAGAGCCGUGGGUUCCCAUAGGGUCUGUUUGCAAUGCUAUUUCGAUGGCACGCAUCUGAAGUGUUGGAUCAGGAAUUCAACACCAUCGUCUGUUCUCACUCCUUUCAGCCCAUCUCAUAAAAGAGGGAAACACAAAUGCUUUGCAUGUAAAAAUAAAUGCAGUCCUCUGCUUUCCCCAUGCUGUUGCAGGCAGUGUUUGGGGCCCCAGCAGUCCCCUCACCUACUGAUGGUGGCUGAUGUGUGUCCUCGAUGUGGUCAGUGGGCACAGAGGGGCUGUGGUUGGACUGUAUCACCUUUUCCAACCUUAAUGCUUCUGUGAUUCCAUGAAAGCUUGGCUCUUGCCUUUGGAAACCCCGGGAGGUCUCUCCCAGCUCCAUCCGAGUCCCUCUCCCGGGUUGAGACUUCAAGAAUUGGGCUUCUAAAUACGGAAGGAUUGAUCUGAACACCGCAACUCAUUCAUUUUUAAAUACCAGUUCUUAGAUGCUUAUCCUCUGCUGCUAGGUGUGAGUCCCCGAGCCUCUCCGGGUAUUUAUGAGGCCUUGAAAUUUAAUCCUUCAAGAAUGUGUUAAAAAAUUCGGUCCUUCGUGCAUGGCUCUGUGAUUUUGGAGGCUGAGGUUUGGAGGAAAAAGCAAACAUGGGGAGGAUGUGAUGGGACAGCAAGGCAGCGAGGUGCGGCACAGCAUGGCAUGGCACAGCAUGGCACAGAACAGCAUGGCAUGGCAUGGCACAGGACAGCAUGGCAUGGCAUAGCAUGGCACAGAACAGCAUGGCAUGGCACAGCAUGGCAUGGCAUAGCAUGGCACAGAACAGCAUGGCACAGCAUGGCACAGAACAGCAUGGCAUGGCACAGCAUGGCACAGCAUGGCAUGGCACAGGACAGCAUGGCAUGGCACAGCAUGGCACAGCAUGGCAUGGCACAGAACAGCAUGGCAUGGCACAGCAUGGCACAGCAUGGCAUGGCACAGAACAGCACGGCAUAGGACAGCAUGGCAUGGCAUGCAGGUGGGCUCACCCAGCUGGCAAAGGGACCACCUGGUGCUCACAAAGCUGGGGAUCUGCUGCUUGUUUUCCUCUUUUUAUCUCUGUUAAGCAAAGGCAAAACCCUCUGCUUCCUUUGGGGCAAAGCACUCUGUGUGCCCAGGGAUUCCCGCUUGAGGGAAGGAACCAGAGAACACACUGAAAGCCUGUCCAUGCGUGGGGUGCAUUUCUGGAGGGAUCUGUGCCUCCUGGGGAACGUUCAAAGGCAUCCACAAGCCCCUGGCGUGUUGCUGUGGCUACUGAGGGGUGGAGCAGCCCUGAGCUCAGUACCACCAGCACCAAACUCCUGGGGCUCCGGAGGUGCAGCCAGAGGCCCCAUCUCCCUCCGUGGCCCCGCAGUGCUGAUUUCCAUCUCACUUGCCCCAAAGGAUCCGCCGUCCCACGGUGCCGUUGCUUCUGGGCUGGACUGCUUCAGGACACACAGCCUUCACACUGCCCCAGCUGGAGAGCCAACCUCCAGCCCGUGGGUCAGCUGCAGCCGCCUGCAGAGCUGCUCUCGUGCCGGGGUAACUCCUGCCAGCUCCCAGGCACAAAGGUGGAAAGGCAGAGGACAGCCAGAAGCCACUCGGGAAAGCGUCUGCUUAGAAUAGAAAGAGGUGUGUAACCAUGGCUUCAGCUCUGUGCUGCGUGCCUGAAAUGCAGAUGUCUGCCACUGGCUCUGCUGGGCCGGAGCUAACAGCUGUGUAAAGGGAACAGGAAUGCACUGGGGCCCAGGCUGGGGGUGGUGCUCAGUUUGGUGUGAUGGCCACAAAUGAUCCCCAGCUCCGGACCCAGCAUCCCCACCUGCAGUGAGGGAGCCUUCCUGGGCACUGCUGUCCCCACCAUGGGACAUGGAAGCCCCAGCUGUGUGCCAUCCAGCCCUUCCACCCCUCCAGCAUCCUCACCAUGGAGGGAUUUACCCUGGGCAGGAACUGGCGCGUGCUGAGAACGAGAAUUCAAUAUCUGAACGCCUUCAGUUCCUUCCUCCAAAUAAAUCGCUGCAUGACUCUAAUUACUGUGCUUGCCCUGCAUACACACCAGCUUCAUACGGAAAGAUUUAUGACUGCUGAUCCUCAAUCUUCCAUUUUUGAUAUUAAAACAUGUUUAAUUCAUUGCAACAUGGAUUAAAGUAAGGGAGGCCAUGGAUGGACUCCAGGAGUGUUUGGGAGUUGGGUUGCUGCUCCGCCUGCCUUGCAGCACCACUGCUCGUCCUCCCCUCAGCCCACCUGAGCUUGGGACCUGCCUGAAUCCUAUUUCAUGUAACCACCCCACUUCAUCCAGCUGCAGAUCUGCGGCUGUUUGGACAGCAAUGUGGAGAGAACUGUCACCAAGAUGUUAUUUCUGAGGAGGGGCAGCUUGCAGCCUCAUUAGAUGCAACAGGAGUUGGAAGUUGCUGAGGUUUGAGGCUUCCCUAAGCAGUCGGCCAUCUCUGCUGCUAUGAAUCAUCUGCUUUCCAACAAGCUCUCCUCUGUGCUACAAAAGCCCUUGGCCUUCAGGGCACUGUUUGCAUUGAAUCUCCAACUAUCAUGCAAGCAUUUCCAGUAUAGCCUGCUGGCAUCCUCUGUAUCCUGAUAUUCUCCUAGCCUUCCCCAGCCCCUGCUGUUAUUUGGGGUUGAUUGGUGCUGCGGCUAAAAACCCUUUAAACACUCCUGUUAGCACUGAAGGUGAGGUGUGCAGCGUGCCCAGAACUGCAGGGCAAGGGCAGUAAAUCAGCUUUCACUUCAUUACAGCGACUGGAAAAUCCUGAUGGAGAGCAGCAGAGGUGUCCUCGAAGGGGCCAUUGCCCAGCAGUGAGCUGCCAGCCCUGUGCUUUGCUCCUGAUUUAUUUUCCUGCUGAGCUGCAGGAUGGCUUCGAGCUCCUUGUGCUGCCAGGGGGCUGCAGGUAAUGCUGGGGUCCUGGCUGGCAAUGAGGGCUGCUGUGAUGGGCACUCAUCUUGGAGCGGGGUGCUGGAGAUGGUCCCAGAUAUAAGCGCUCUCCCUUGCGUGGCACUGAGGAGGAGCACCGUAUUUUCACAGUCCUUCAUUCAUCCCUAUGAGAGGCCUUAGAUCAGAUCCCCACCUCCUAAUAGAGAGAAAAACGCUGCUUAUCCUCUCCCAUUUCCCCCCACCCCCUCGGGUAGGGAGCUGCUCUGUGCCCAGGUGUGUGGAAGCAGCACCAGAUGCAAGGAGCCCACGUACUGCCCUAUCUCUGCUGCACUCCUGAUUUAUCUCCAGGAAGGAGAAUCGUGGUCGUUCCUCACCUGCAGAGGGGGCGGCAGCCCGUGGGGGUCUGCAGGCUGCGGUGCCAAGGGGGAGAGGGAAGCAAAGAGGUGCCGUUCUGCCCCAUGGCCGCUCGCUGUGCUGGGACCCGCGGCUCCAUCCGUGUUCCUCUCGUAGCACACGUGUGCCAUUAAGAGGAAAAAAAAAGAUCAGUGCUCCCAGAAGCUAAAAAUAACAGCAGGCAACGAACGGGGUUUGGCCAGGAGAGACAGUACGGGAACGCGGGGGUGUGGAGCAGGAGGUGUAAUUUCACUGCUGCUCCUCCAGCAACAGGGCGAGGGAGAAGGGGAUGAACCGAGGCAGCCAUCGGCGAGACGCUGCUGCCUGAGCCACCAAGAGAGGUGCCACAUCCGAGCCUCCCGCCACAGCCCCCGGAGCACCAAGCGCCGUGCAUCCACACCAACUUGCUCCAUCUGCCCUGCGGUGCCACCAGCCAGCACCUGCCUUUGGGCACAGCUGCCUGGUGAAAGCUCUGGGACUGGUGCACGUGGGGCCACGUCCCUGCCACGCUCACAUGCGCCUCGAGGAGCCCAGGGCAGCAGCCAGAUACGUGCAGCCAUGUGAUGCCGGAGGAGUGUGGCGAUGAUAUGGAAUGUGGGCAGCUGCCUUCGGACACGCUCCGACAGGUGACGGUCCUGCGCCAUCCCCGCUACGGAUUCGGCUUUGUGGCCGGCAGUGAGAGGCCCGUGGUGGUGCGCUCGGUGGCAGCAGGUGGCCCUUCUGAGGACAAACUGCUGCCGGGAGACCAGAUUUUGGCCAUCAACAAUGAGGACGUGAGCGAAGCCCCCAGAGAGAGGUUCAUUGAGCUCGUCAGGAAGGCCAAAGACUUCAUCAUCCUCACGGUCCUGCACACACACCAGUCCCCCAAAUCCGCUUUCAUCAGCGCAGCCAAGAAAGCAAAGCUGAGGUCCAACCCAGCAAAGGUCCGCUUUUCAGAGCAGGUGACGGUCGGCGAGACGAACCCAGACAUGUUGAAGAAGGAAGCUCUCCUCCUCAUUCCCAAUGUGCUGAAAGUUUUCCUGGAGAACGGGCAGAUCAAGUCCUUCACAUUCGAUGGCCGAACCACCGUGAAGGACGUGAUGGUGACGUUGCAGGACCGCCUGUCCCUGAGGCACAUCGAGCACUUUGCCCUGGUCCUGGAGUACUCGAGCCCAGAGCAGAACCAUCGCUUCCUCCUGCUCCAGGACAAGCAGCCCUUGGCGCACGUUGUGCAGAGGACGCACUACCACGGCAUGAGGUGCCUCUUCCGUGUCAGCUUCUUCCCCAAAGACCCGGUGGAACUGCUGCGCAGGGAUCCGGCAGCCUUCGAGUACCUCUACAUUCAGAGCCGCAACGACGUGAUCAGAGAGCGUUUUGGCAUGGACCCCAAGCCGGAGAUGCUGCUGGGGCUGGCUGCCCUCCACAUCUACAUCACCGUGGCGGCCACGCGGCCCAGCCAGAAGGUCUCCCUCAAGAACGUGGAGAAGGAGUGGGGUCUGGAGCCCUUCCUGCCUCCCUCCCUGUUGCAGCUCGUCAAGGAGAAGAGCCUCCGCAAAUCGCUCUCCCAGCAGCUCAAAGCCCACCAGAACCAGCCUGGAGGCACCAAGGUCUCCACUGCUCAGGCAAAGCUGCAGUACCUGAGGAUCCUGAACGAGCUGCCCACCUUCGCCGGGGUUCUCUUCAGCACCGUGGGACUGGACGAGAAGCAGCCAGCCACCACGCUGCUGGUGGGUCCCCGGCACGGCAUCAGCCACGUCAUCGACCUGAAGACCAACCUCACCACCGUGCUGUCAGAGUUCAGCAAGGUCAGCAAGAUCCAGCUGUUCCGGGAGAACCAGGGGGUGGCCCGGGUGGAGACCAGCAUCCUGGAUGCCAAGCCGCUGGUGCUGCUGAUGGAGUGGCCCGAAGCCACCAACUUCGCCUGCCUGAUCGCAGGUUACUGCCGUCUCCUGGUGGACUCCAAGAAGAUGAUAUUCUCCAGGCCGCCCAGCCAGCCCCCACCACCUCAGAUUAUCAAGGCAGAUUACAUGGACUCACACCACCUCCCCCGGCCCGCGGCGGCGGGGCACGCUGGAAAGAAGGAGGGCGGGUUCGUGGGGGGCCAUACCGACAGCCCCCCCCCCGGCAGGCCUCGGGCGGCCCGCGCCUCGGACCCGGAGCUCGUCAGCUUUUGCUACCUGCACAUGCGAGAGCAGAGGAAGGAGAGAGAGAGCAGGACGGAUAUCAAUGAAAACCUGAUUUUUUUUGAGGAAACGCGUCCCAGGACCAAAUCCGACCCCACGUCCAAGAGCUCCGGCCAAGGCUACGAUGGGGUGGCCAACGAGCGCGACCCCGACGGCCCGGAGCGCGAGCGGCACGCCAGCCGUGCCCGCGCACACACCAUCGACACGCACCCGCGGGGCGACGCUGCCCACUUCUACUGCGCGUCCUGCAAGGCCAAGCUCAGGAGCCGGCUGGCCUCGCGCAAAGCUGGCGGCACCCGCGACAACAUGGUGGACCUGAUGUCCCUCCCCCCUCCCGGUAGCGAUGAGGAAGAGGACGAGGCCACGGCUCUGCUCCCCGCCAUCGCCGCCCCGCCACCCGGCUUCCGGGACAACAGCUCGGAUGAGGACGACCCCAAACGCCGGGCGGCCGCGCAGGGCCAGGAGCAGAGCCGGCACCUGUGCAGCAUCCUGUACGACGAGAUCCCCGUCACGCUGAUAGACAGCGUGCAGACGCGGACGGUGCGGGACCAUGCCCAGGAGCUGGACGAUGCCCUGGUGUCCACCCUGCAGGCGCUGGAAGCUCUGGCUGCUUCUGAGGACUGCCCGCAUCCCCCGCCGCAGCAGACAGCAGGUCUUAUCGUCCUGGCUGCCAUCACACCUGAGUCAUCCUUGGAUUCUGGCCAUGAGACCAACUCCUCAGAGCUCACCGAUGUCUCAGAGAUGGUCUCUGCUAUGAAGCAGCACCAGAACGCAGCCUACUUCCUCGCUCAGCAUAUCAACAAAGAGAACCUCCUGGCCAGAAAGGACUUGCCUUUCCGAAUCCAGAGCUGUGCUGCCCAGGCUGUCCUCACCUCACCAUAUGCCCUCACCCGCCAGGAGACAAGCUCCUCAGCGAAGCCAGCUUUUUCUCACCCAAAUCCCAGCCUUACCAACUGCAAGAGCAAACAGGAGCAGCAGAAUGUUGAGCAGAGUUACACCGUGGCUGCCCAGCCAGUGCUCACCUCCCAGUGUAGCGAGCAGAACAGAGGGGCUCUGGUGCCAGGCUCUGAAUGUAAAGGUACAGGCCACACAAAAGCUGCCUUUGAGGGACCUCUGCAUACCACAGCUGCACCAAACAGAGAGCAGUCACAGGAUCUACAGGAGAAGAUGCCCAAAGAGGUUCUGCCGAGCCCCAAACUCCUCCUGGAUCAGAAAAGUGGUGUGACUCCAGCCAUCAUUUCAGCUGCUCUGCAGCAAGUGGCAAAUGCUAAAGGCUCAGCCCCUCAAGUGGGAGCAGCAUCAAAAGAAGACAAGACCGUGAAUGGGACCGGUGGCUGUGUGUCAGCCAGCAACAAGCCUUUGAAACUUAAAGGAGGUCAGCUAACUGCAGAGCCAUUGUGCCACUGUCAGCAGCAACAGCAGCUCUCUCAACAGCAGUACAGUGAAGCUUCUCCGAGUCCUAUAGAAGCUCAUAGCAGUAAGGCUGAAGCUUUGCAUCCCACCUCAGGAGGUGAAGAAACGAUGCCUGGUAAGACUUUUGCCUCUAAAAGCUUCCAGCAAAAGGUGAGUAGAGAUACCCAGGGAAAAGCAGCGAGCGGAGAGCCCGGUCAGAAGGCAGGGGGGGAAGCCAUGAAUCUUGUAUUUCAAAAACACGUGGCUCCUUCAAACCAAGGAGAGAAAACGCAACAGGAGAGUUCAGCCAAAAGCUUAAAAGCCGAGAGCAGCAACCCGCACUCUGCAUCACCUGCUGGCAUUUUCAGGAGCACCAGUGAGGAUUCCAAGGGGCCAAUCCAGCUGGUGCCCAGGUCUGAGAGCCUGCAGAUCAGCACUGUGCCUUCCAAAAAAGUAGACAAGAUCCUGGAGGCCACCCAGGCAGAUGUUGACGUCCCAGCUAAACCCAAAGCUCCGAAAGCUCCCUUCAGGUUGAGGAACCUGUUUUCUGCUACGUUUCCUACCCGGCUGAAGAAGGAGACGGACGAGCGGCAGGCCCAGCUGCAGAAAGUGAAGCAGUAUGAACUGGAGUUCCUGGAAGAGCUGCUCAAGCCAAAGAGCAAAGGUGACCUCCCGCCACAGGAGUACCUGCACCCUCCUGCCCCUGGGCGCUGCAGCUGCCAGCUAAGGAGCAGUCCUGUGCAAAAAGUCCCAGGGAUGUCCAGGGAGCAAAGACGCAGCUGUGACUGCAAGCGGAUUUGCAGGGGGGUGAGGCCACCCCCCAGCCAGCUGGUGAUGCCAGAACUGGAGAGGCACGGCAGGGAUAAGGUCACUGAUGACCAGCAGCAAGCAGAAGCCAUUAGGUUGACAAGCAUGAGCAGCCCUCCCAAAGGCAAGAGGAUACGAUCGACGAGCUUAGAGUCCAGGGACUACCGGUCAGAUCCAGAAAACGAUGUGUCCUGUUUGACAACGUGUGCCUCCCGAGGGGAAUGCAUGGGAGCUCCGCAGUACAAGAAGCUCUUGCGUCGCUACAGUGUCAGUGAAUUAGAUAAGACUGAUAGGACAUCCCUGUCCUCUGACAUCUACCAGAACAUCUACCCGGCCAAGCAGAAAGGCCUUCAGAAGGAGUCUGAGCCCAGCAUCCUUUGUCCUGUUCUAAAGAGCAAAAUCCAGGAAGCCGCUGGGGUGGCUGAUCCGUCCUAUGUCCAAAUAGCACAGGAGAAAAAGAACCAGAAAGGUUCGGCGGUGUUCUCUGUCCAGGAGGAGCUGUAUCCAAGUCCCGCGGAGCUGCGGGAUGAAGACGUGGAGGAUGAGAAGUGCUGCUCCAUCCGGUACUGCUUCUACUACAGGAAAUGUGAUGUUGCGGAUGACGGGAGCGAGAAGGAUGAGCUGUCCUAUUCCAUCCCCAUGCAGAUACUGCCGGGAAUGAAGCUGGACAACCAGAUGGUCCCGGUGAUGAGCAGGACGCUUCAGGUCCUCGAUGCAACAGCCUGCAGCAGUCCCAGCGACGGUCAAACCCAGGAAAUAGAUUUAAGGACCUCCACUUUUGAGGGGAGCUUGGCAAAGAUCAACAUCCUUCGAGGCCACGUCUACAGCUUGCCCAAUGGGUUUCUGCAAGUGCAGCUGGACACCAACGAGCUCCUGACCAUCCUGCGGCAGUGCGUGGUGAGCCCCGACGUCCGGGACUGCAAACUCUACAUCUCCCAGCUGGCUGAGUACAAGCAAGAGCUCGCCCUCAAAUUCAAGGAGUUCCGGGCGUCCUGCCGCCGCGUGGCAGCCGUUGACAAAAGCCCUGCCCACAUGCUGUCUGCCAUCACAAGCAGCUUCCAGGUGCUAAGCAGCCUCAUCGAGACGUUCGUGAGGCUGGUGUACAUCGUGCGCUCGGAGUCCCAGCGCCAAGAGCUGCUGACGAAGGUGGAGGAAGUGGUGAGAAAUUACACCUUCCUCCUGCGGGCAGCGGAGGAAUCCACGGCCAGAAUGUUGAGCCACCAGCAGACGGUGGAGCAGCUCGCCCGCCAGUCCGCCACGGUUGCCACUGUUAUGAGCACGCUCACACGCUCCCUAAAGACGCUGAUCAAUAAGUAAACCAGCUGCAGAAGCCAACAGGCCAGUGUGUGCCGGGCUGUGUGUCAGUGGUUCUUGUAUCGCGUAGGUCUGGUGAGGAUGUCUGUCUGUCUGUCUGUCUGUCUGCAGGGAAAGCCCACGCCCGCUGAGGUCCGCAGCGAAAAAGACGUUGUUUCUCGACAGAAGGGAUGGCAACGUUGGUGGUGUUUGGAAAGGGAGAUUCACGCCCUGUUGCAGGCUGUGCAGAUGGCGUGCCAGGGGUCCCAAGCAGCUGCACUGCUUGUCCUCCGGCACUCGGGAGGCACAGUCAUCCCAUUGCCACGCUCACUGGGUUUUGAAUGGUUCUGGGCCUCCCUCGCGCAAAGAGCUGGCACUGUCCCCUGUGUCACGGUGCGUGGUGCCCAGCAGUGAGCAGGGACCGAGCUGAUGCCGCCCGGCUUCACUUGGGCAGCGGUCCGAUUGGAGCCAAACCAGUGUCUUGCCACGUAAACAGCUCUUCUGCCUCCAGGGUCUUCCUGGCCCACAGAUGCAAUGUAAUUAGCAGCAGAAGGCAUCUCUGGGAUGCAACUCCCUGCUGCUGCACGAAGGCUUGGGAAAGGAUGCCACGUUCCUAGGACAGGGCUAGGUCCUCCAGCAGGCUCUACUCCCACAGUUUAGGCACUGAUGGCCCAAUCCUGUACACGGGCACUGCCUGAGAAAGGCAGCAGCUCAAUGCUGUGUGAGCAGGGAGUCGUUCCCCAUCCUCUGCUGGAUGGCCGUGUUCACGCUAGGAAGCCUGCAGAGACCCGGAUCGCUGUGUGACCAGUGCAAGCCAGCAGCUGGGCUAGCAGCUGAGAGGAGACCUCUUCCAUGCCAUUCUCCAGAGCAGGUCUGUGCCUUGGAGGCUCAGCCCAGCCCCUCUCCUCCCGCCUCCUUUCACAGUGCCCAUGGGAGAGGAGCCCAGGUCGGGUUGGUCUGAGGCAUGGCUUCCUCCUGAGCCAGGCAGUGCUGCUCCUGCCCUCCUCGCCAGGGGCUGGAAGCCUUCUUCUGUCUUCACUGGACCGACUGCCAUGAGGAACAUUGCUUAGUAUCACAUAAUGGUUAUUUAUUCAGAGUCGGGUUGGGUUUUUUGUUUGUUUGAUUUUCCUUUCUUUACUUUUUUUUACUUCUAGAUGAAUGGUAAAACAACUCCUAAUCGCUUUCCUUCACACCCCGGGGGCUGCCCUCCUACUCCCAGUCUAGCUUCUAGACCUGAUCAAUCAGACCGCCUUAACUGGUGCUUCAGUGCACUCACCCACCCUCCAAAACACAGCAGCCAGGAGGAGAAAAAGCAAGGUUAAGCAUCGCAUGGACCUCGCCGUGCCACCCAACACACCUCAUGCACACGGGGGGUCAGGGCUCCCUGCGCUCCCUGCACCCAUCUCAGGCUGAAGGGGAGAUCACAGGAGGAGGGGAAAGGGCUGCCAAAGCCCACGAGCUGGCCCUGUGGCUGGCUGAGCACACGGUCAGGGAUCUCCACAGGAUCUAUCAUUUCCCAUCCCUAUUCUUCUUAUUUUUUUUAAAUGAAUAUGCACAUUUGAAAUCUCUCGUUCUUCCAUAAGAGCUAUGGAAGUGCACAAUGUGCUUUUUAACGUGCGCAUCCUCUACCAAGUGCAAUAACGGGCUUUGGCCAUUGCUGUCAGCAAGGCAGAGGGGAGCCUUCUGCCUCCUGCUUUCCACAACCAUGUAGCAAAUAUACAGUGGAAGAGCCAAUUUGGAUUUCAGUCCACGGUGGGCAGAGCCUGUAGUAACGCUGAGGGCCGACAGGGAGCUGUGGUUUUCUUUUCCCCCUCAAUUAUCUAUUUCAAAGCUCUGAGUUUCCUCAAGCUCCCCGUGAUGCCUACAUCAUCCCUCCAUAAAUCUCUCAGUCUCAUACAGAGGAAAAAAUUUUUUAUCGUCUGUAUAUAGUAUAUAUAAAAAUAUAUA